UCAUCUUUUAGUCUUUUACAAGAACAUACCGUGAUUUCAAGCUAUAUGGCCAACGGGAUCUCUGUAAUUGUAUCACCGCUAAAAAUCGCAUCAUGGCCACCUCAGGCCCUACGAAGCGUGCCUGUGAUGAAUGCCAUGCAGUGAAAGAGAAAUGCCGACGGUCAGAUCCCUCUGCUGUGUGCGAAAGAUGCUCCCGCAUAGGACAGUAUUGCCAGACAGUACGAUGCGCUGUAAAGCCGGGACGGAAAUCGAAGAUGUCGAAAAAAGUGCCUUAUACGCUUCCAACUUCAUCCGCCUCCAUUGCGCUCACUUCGUUUCCAACGUGCGAGAAAACGGCACUGUCUCUCCCAUGCCUAUCUUGGAAUUCGGGACUUGCGAGUAAUCCAAUGAUAUUAUCAGAUCUGGAUCCUGUGGAACGUCACUUCUUGAAUUUGAUGAAAGAUAUUCUGGCUCCAUCACCCCUGGACAAAUUUCUCGUGUGUCCAAGUUUUCACGAGUCGGAUCACUCUUUGUUCAUCCAGAAUAUCAUCCAACCGACAUCCGUCGUCAGAAAUGCUACAGUUGCAUGUGCUGCAGUUUUUUUUAGAGAUCAACUCCCCGAGUACUCCAAGCCAAGUGUUGAGAUAGGACACAGACGUGCUGCCCUGGCGCUGUCUGCUCUUCGCUCUUUCAAAAUAUCCGGCGAGCGGGACUUGGUAACGGCACUGAUACUAGGGGUCGCAAUGGUUACCUUUGCGAUGCAUGUUGCAGAAGGUCAACCGUAUCUCAUUUCGCAUUAUACACUGAGUCUCAUCAAAUCUCAACAUAUGGAUCUAUCAACGCUAGACCCUUCCAUGAUAGGCUUUCUUAUGUGCUUGACCAGUACGGAGACGUUUGAGUGUCUUUUGCGAUCAAGCAUUCCGACAAUGAGAGUUGACCUUGAUGGAAAAGACAGAGUCGAUCGCUAUCUUGGACUCAGCUCCCCGAUAUUAACUUACUUCUACGACAUCUGUGAGAUAAGUUGCUCGAUUCGACACGCAAAAGCAGUGCUUCCAGAGAUCCUUCAAAGAUUGAAUGCAAUACACGCCGGUGUCGACCAAUGGCAGCCGUCAACACCUGUCGACUUUCUUGAUCAUUUUACACAAGCCGAGGUUGUGGCAAUAUUGGCACAAUCCAGAGUCCUGCGUCUUGCUGCUUUACUUAUCAUUCGUCGGCUAUAUCAUCCCUAUGGGCAAUAUGACCUAGAGGCUGUUAUGCUAUCCCAGGCUAUUAUUGGUGAGUUUGAGAUGGUACUCCAAUUAACCCAACGAUCUAUCCCAUGCACAGAACUUGCUUAUCUGGUUUCCUGCUUCGAACUUCUUGGGACAGAUUCAAGAAUAAGGGCAAUUGAAAGGAGUGAGCAUGUCAUCACAUUCUCAAAGCAGAUGCGGUUGCGGUUCCAAAUCAUUCUGGGCUCAAUAUGGAAUGCAAGAGACCGCGGAUGCAAAUUCUACUGGUUUGAGUUGAAUGACUACGUAGAUACGCUAGGCAUUCAGUGACAAUUAAACGGGGAUGGCUUCACUUUCAAGGUUGAACACCUGUCGCGCUGGCUCAUUUUGGCAAGUCUCAGACGGCAGUCGUGUUAAUCUUCUAGAUGGCGAUGGGUUUUCGCCCGGAUUGCUUCUGUGUCGCUUCGGGGGGAGGCAGCUGUUUCUCGUCAAUGUAGUCCGCAUCAUGCUCUGAUGGAACCGAGUCCGAAUCCGAAUCGUUGUCAUCUUCUAGCAUCGGGGCUAGCCAGCCCCAUCGUGAAAUGGUAAUGAGCGUUUUAGGAUGUGGUGAGGCGAUGUGACGGAGCUGGUAUAACCACCGCU